AUGACAGUACCCCCACCCAACUGUGUGAUAACAGUACCCCCACCCAACUGUGUGAUAAAAGUAUCCCCACCAAACUGUGUGAUAACAGUACCCCCACUCCAAUGUGUGAUAGCAGUACCCCCACCAAACUGUGUGAUACUAUUACCGAUACCAAACUGUGUGCUUACAGUACCCCCACCCAGCUGUGUGAUAACAGUACCCCCACUCAACAGUGUGAUAACAAUUCCCCCACCCAACUGUGUGCUAACAGUACCCCCACCCAACUGUGUUAUAACAGUCCCCCCCCUCAUCAGUGUGAUAACAGUCCCCCCACCCAACUGUGUGAUAGCAGUCCCCCCACCCAAAUGUGUGAUAACAGUAGCCCAGCCAACAGUGUGA